ACCAACUCACCGUGUCAUCCUCUCGUGGCCGGCGAUGUCGUUUCUGGUGGACUGGCUCUUCGACGUGCUGGCGUCCCUGGGGUUCUGGCAGAAGGAGGCUAAGAUCCUCUUCCUCGGCCUCGACAACUCCGGCAAGACCACCCUGCUCCACAUGCUCAAGGACGAGACGUUGACCCAGCACGCGCCGACGCAGCACCCUACGUCGGAGGAGCUGAGCAUCGGGCGGAUCAACUUCAGGGCCUUCGACCUCGGCGGCCACCGGAUCGCGCGCCGCGUCUGGAAGGACUACUACGCCAAGGUCGACGCCGUGGUCUACAUGGUGGACGCCGCCGACGGCGGCCGCCUCGCCGAGUCGAGGGCGGAGCUCGCCGGGCUCCUGUCGGACGACGCGCUGGCCAGCGUGCCGUUCCUCGUGCUGGGGAACAAGAUUGACGUCCCGUGGGCGGCGGCGGAGCGCGAUCUGGCGUACUACCUCGGCCUCGCUGGCUGCACCACCGGCAAGGGCACCAUCGACCUCGCCGGCGUGCGGCCGGUGGAGAUCUUCAUGUGCAGCGUCGUGCGCAAGAUGGGGUACGGCGAGGGGUUCAGGUGGAUGUCGCAGUACAUCAAGUAGGUCAUGUGGGGGUCCAUGGUAUAUAUAUCUCUCGGUGUGCUUGUUGAAGUACUACUCUUUAUUGUGCUCUCACUCGACCAAAUGUUCAUCUGAAUUUGUAUAUGGUGGUUUCAACGUACUUUUAACAUAGGAACCAAGUGGUCACAGUAUGUUUCAUUUCUAUCCAGACUUUGGACA